UACAAGAAUCGGGCGCUUCUUCUGCACCCCGACAAACACGAUGACAAGGAAUCGGAGGAACUGUUCAAACAGUUGGUCAAAGCCAAAGAGGUGUUAACUGAUCCGCAGAUGAGGAAACAGUACGACAAAUGGAGAAGCAGUGGAAUAGCCAUUAGUUUCGAAGAGUGGAAUCGUUUGGGGAAAGGGGCGCACACUUCCAUGCAUUGGAGGAAUGACUACAAAAGGGAUCUCAUGAUAGGUAAUGGAGAUAAUGGAGAUAAUGAGAGCUCAGACCAACGCCAACACCGGUCUGGAAGUGGUUCCAGAGUGAUCGCCACGGAUUGGAGCAGUGAUUGCAAUGGUAUGCUCAAGAAGAACUGUAGGGAACGGGAGUGGAGGUUGCCUUUCUUCUGGACAAUAAGUGGUCCGACAUUAUCCCCGGUGUCCUCAUUGUGUUUGAUGUGCGCGCCGUCACAUAAGGGGAACUUCUUGGAGCGCCAGCACCGGCAGAACACCGUCUUCGCGCCCAUGUCCUCGAUGUCGAAAGAGUCCACCACUUUGUCCGCGUCCUUCUUCACGCACUGA